AUGGACAAGGGGACCCGAGCGGAGCCGGUGGUAGGCGCAAACCCGACGCCCAAACGUGAUAAUAAAACAAAAACUGAGAAGAAGACAAUCUUCAGUAAGCUAGGUGAACGACAUAAGCCUGUCCACUCGGAUCUUAAGAAUCAUGUCGAGGAAGCAACAAAACCCAUUACUAAUGUACAAGAAAAAAAACCUUUCGACCAGCAUCCGAGAAAAAGUGAAGGGGAGUCUAGUCUGGGGACAGAGCUUGCACCGGGAUCCGAAGGCGAGGUCGAGAGUUCAAGUGAGGGCUCUGAACGAGACGGCGGGCUGCUGUGCUCGCGCUGGCGGAGGACGCACAGACGACGACGGAGCCACGCGAUGUCGCACCGAGACUCAGGCGGGUGGUCAGUGACGGUGGCGGGCUCGUGUCCAGGUGCGCUGCCCGCCGACGUGGAGAUGCGCCUCCGCUUCCCACAACCGCAUCAGACUCAUCCAACCCAACCGCCUUACCAGAGAUGCUCUUGUCGAACACGUGUGAGCUGUGCGUGCUCAGCGGCUACUGAGCGCGUCUGCAGCCCCACCCCCGUCUCCGCCGCGACCCUGCCCCCGCCAGCGCGCCGCCGCCUCUCUCACAACGAUACUAAACUAACGCUCACCAUGAAGAAAGAGGCUCGAGAUUCUUCAAUUCUUACUUCAAAGAGUAUGAGAAAAUCGAUUGACCCGCUCCCGGACCUGGAGACAUACAGGUCGUCCCGCAGCAAAGUGAAGAGUUCCGUCAAGGCGGUUGUUUCAGACGCGACGGGGCUACUCCCUGCACUGCUGGCUGCCCGACGAACAGCCUGCGCCCAUAAGAGUAAGCGAGUUGGGUCGGAUGGCGUUCCCACAUUUUGUAUCUAGAUGCGGCCCGGCGCGGCGAGGCGGCGACGCGUGCUCACAGUACGUACCGUGCGUCUCAAGCACGACAGAUCGUUAACAUCGAUCGUUGUUUCUUUGCAUAAGAACGGUCAGAACGAUCUUAUCCUAAACUACCGACCUACUUCUAUUGCUGUACUGCAAAAGUCCAUAUUGAUAAAAUCUGCUCGAAGGCUCUUCUCAGUCAUUUGGUUUUUUUUUAUUGCGGAACAGCAGGGGCUUUAGUAGACGGAUAACAUAAAAAUACCUUAAAAUUAAUUCUUACGUUUGCAGCAACAUCAACAUGAAGUACUAGUGUUACUUGGAAUUAUGUUUAUGACCUGUAUAAAAAUAAGUUGGAAAGGGUGCAAUAGAACCUUGCUUCCUAUUGCACAGUUACUAGAACUACUAGAGCUACCGGCGAGGUUUCACACAAGUCAUUCUUCGAAGCGGACACGCACGCUCGAUCUAUUGCAAAAACUUGCUAAUGGAGAAUAUGAUGUCCCCAUAUUGUUCUUUGUUCUGAAUUUCAAUUUGCCGUUGAUAUCGACAAGCACUUCAACCUUCAGGAUAUUCAGGGGUCCUAGGUACAAACCAACGCAACGUCGGUAAAUAAGCACCUCUCCACAGUCUAAAUAAUUUGCACAGCAAGUGUUAUUUGGACGUUUUGUCUAGCACUGUUGAAAGUUUUAGACGAGAUACCUACCUAACCUUAAUCGUAUCUACUCCAUGAACCUGUUUAUAUAGAAUCUAAAAAUAAGCCACUUGUUUCACUGUGCACGCUGUCUGUAGUUGUAUUAGCCAUUAGUGUGAGAUUAGUGUAUGUAUGAUAGCACUACUUGCAAUAUAUUAAACUGAUGUAUAACAUGUUGAAAUCUAAUAAAUAAAAUAAAUAUAAAAUCAGU